GCCCUAGCGGCACUUGGUGCCUGCGGCAAUGCGGCCACGCACAGCCCCUUACACUGACGACACUUCCGCCCGCGCGAGUGUUUCCGGGGCGGAGGUUACCAUGGCUGCGGCUUUGGCUCGGCUGGGGCUCCGGGCUGUCAAGCAGGUUCGGGUUCAGUUCUGCCCCUUUGAGAAGAACGUGGAGUCCACGAGGACCUUCCUCCAGGCUGUGAGUAGCGAGAAGGUCCGCUCCACCAACCUCAGCUGCUCAGUGAUUGCGGACGUGAGGCACGAUGGCUCCGAUCCCUGCGUGGACGUGCUCUUUGGGGACGGGCAUCGCCUGAUUAUGCGCGGCGCCCACCUCACUGCCCAGGAAAUGCUCACCGCCUUCGCUUCCCACAUCCAGGCAAGGAGCGCGGCGGGGAGCGGGGACAAGCCUGACGCUGGUGCCGGGCGCUAACUGCGCGGAAGAGACUAAAAAGCCUGGGAUUUGCUAGGACACUUAUCCAAGAAAAGCUUGAAUUAAUCACUCAAAUCAUUAUCUAGAGAGCCACAGAGAGCCCCCCGCCACACACACACACCCGCCCUCCGUGGCUACAAAUUCAACCAUUGUUUCUGGGACGAGACAGGAUCCGGAGGUGUCUGGACAAACUUGAAUUUAUUUCACUUUUUUACCAUCAUUCAUUGUUUAACCGUUUUGAUUUUGGCUUCCCCCGUAACUCUCAAGGUACCUCUUGAACUACCUUCUUGGGUUAAACCCUACAUUUCUGUUUGGCUUUAAUCUCAACUUUUUUGUUAUAGUCGGAUUACCUACUACCAAUUUUCUCCAAAUCCUACCAACACUCUGUCCAAAUAGAAUUGAUAAUCUUACAUACACAUAUACAUACAAGCCUCACCCUCUGACUUGCCCAUUACUUUUAAAGGUACUUCAUCUGCCCAGCCACCUGGGCUGGAAACUACAGCAUUAUCUCUGGUUCUGUCCUCUCCUUUUUCCUGCAUAUCUAGUCAGUAAAUUCUGAAUAUUGUGUCUUAAACAAAAGCUCUUGAAAUAUUCUCUUCAAUCCUAUUCUUCUCCUUAUUGCAUUCUCCCACCAGUCUCCUUUUUUUCUAAUCAUUUUUGAGGCUGCUUAAUUUUAUCUUUCCAAAGCACAUCACUGGUUAUAUGUCUCACUACUACUUGUUUCAAAGAAUAGUUCCUGAAGUACUUUUAGGCAUUGUGCUUAAAGUAUUUUUCAUACUGAGUUACCACCUAUUAGUAUCAAUCAUGAAGUCAAUUUAGGGGGUAAAUCAGCCUUUUAAAAACAAAGUAAAAUAGAAUUAAAAGUAUCAGAAUGUAUGACACAUGGAAUAGGAAGUAUUUUUUAAGAAACUUAAGUUUUAAGCAUAUAAUUAUGAAUAUAUGUGUAUGUAGAUGUAUAUAUAUAUAUAAAGUAUGUGCAUACAUGUGUAUCUGCACGUACGUAGUUGCAAUAGAGAAUUAUUUCUUUCUGUAAGUUAUGGGAAAAAAUGGUUGCGAGCCAUUCACUAGUUUAGAGAACUUCAGAAUGCUCAACGAGGCAAUCAAGGAUCUUUAGAUAUUGGCUCCUGUGUACUUUGCCAAAUACAUUUUGCAUGACUUUCCUACCACAUUGUUAUACUGCUUCUUUGCUUAAAAGAGUGCUACCUUCAAAGGGCUGUUUUUUCUCUCCCUUUUAAAAAAGAAAACUAUCAGGAAGCAGUAUAGUGUAGUUAAGAGCCAGAACACCUGGGGUUGAAUCCCACCUCUGCCCUUAAGCAGUUAUGUAACUUUGGACAAAUUACUUAUUCUCUCAGUGCCUGUCCCCUCAUUUGUAAAAUGGGGAUAAUAGUACUUACCUUAUAAGAUUAUUGAGAGGAUUGAAUAAAUUGAUAUCUCUUAGGCACCCAGAACAUUACUGGGAAUUAAAUAAAUGUUAUGUAAGAGGCCUUGUCCUACUUCAGGUACACCAUGAGAAGGCAGGGUUCUUUGGAAAAGACAGUAAUGCUGAGAAAGAUAGAAGACAGCAGGAAAAGAAGAAGAUCAAAUAUGAAGUGGAUUGACUCCAUAAAAGAAGUCAUAGGCAUGAGUUUAUAGGAGUUGAUCAGGGCUGUUGACAUUGGGGACAUUACUCAUUCAUGGGUCACCAGGAGUCUGAGCCAACUCAAUGGCAGGUCACACAAGAGGCUUUAUGUUAUAGUUGAAAAGAUACAAUCUAGAUUUGAGUUUCCCAGCUCUGGUUAAUUGGCUAUUAUCUUUGGCUAGACUUAACCACUCAUUUGUAAAAUGGGGAUGGUUCAAACAUUGCUAUAAACAUGGAUCGAGCACUGGCACUGUAUUUCUAGAUUGUGAAUUUGAAGUUGGGGCUGUUUUCUCUGUGUCCCCAGCACCUUGCAUAGUGCCUAAUACAGAGUGUACAAUAAAUAUUUGUUGAACUUACAUUUAGAAUCUACCUUGUGCUUAUAAUUGAUUAGUAGUACUAAGAUACAAAGAUGAAUAAUAAAACAGGUAUGCAAUAAAUGUUACAAUAGAGAUGUGCACUAGGUGCAGUGGUAGCAAGGAAGACAAGACUGUGAAUUUGGGCAGAAGGCUUGUCGAAUUGUUGAAUGAGCAAGAAGUUACCAGUGCAGGAUGGAGCCAGAAAUCAGAUUAUAGUGAAAUAGGAAGUGGGCAUGCAGCAUAGCAUAAAGUAUUAGAUUUAUAUAUGAGUUUGGAUGGGAGGUGUGAUAAUAGCUAGAGUAGCAUAAAGGUAUGGAGUAGAGUUUUUCAAAAGAUGAUAGGGAUUCGUACUUUAUGAAAAUACCUUCUGUGGAGGAGAGACUACUCCUUAAUGUGACUGCUGCCUGACUCACCGGGUAGAUCCUAGCCAGAACAGAGAUUGCUUCCCAAAAAUCCCCUCAGAGACUUUGAUCGACCUUUCCCAGCCCCAGGCAAGAUUAUAAGGCAUUUUACUCCUAUCUGGUUUAGGUCACACCCCUUAGCGCCUGUCAUGUGGUGUGGAGGAUAUUCAUGUCUUGCUGCUACCCAAUACGCACCUUAUAUGAAAGUUCCCUUAAUAAAUUCUAGAUGUAAUGAUGGAA